GAGUCCGGUGAGAGUACAGCGCUCAGCCCUGGGGCGCUUUGACCUCGGCCCGCGCUCGGCGUUCGGGGGCUGGGCCGGCCUGUGCUUCCUCGGCUCCGGGGCGGUUUGUAACGCGGUGUUACGAGCUCCAGGAAUGGACUGGCUGUGUGCUUCCAGGAACCUUUGGCCUGUGUUUUUUAAUCAAUUAUCUGUUUCCUGCUUGCUGCACUAAUGUUAACUGGCAUGGAGCUGUGUCAGCAGAGGGGCAGCUGGGGGUUAGGGAAAGGAUCUGCACCAGAGGGAGGUGGGCAUGGAAUGGGCUGCCCAGGGCUGUGGGCACAGCCCCCAGUGCCGGAGUUCAAGGAGCAUCUGGACGAUGCUUUCAGACAUAGGGUUUGAUUUUGGGUGUUCCUGUAUGGAGCUAGGAGCUGGACUUGAUCUUUGUGGGUCCCUUCCAGCUCUAUAUUCUAUGGUUCUAAACAGAUAUGGCCAUUAAGGUUGCCCUACAAUCUCUAAAGCCAAUGGAUCUGACUAUUUCUGGGCGAGGCUUUGCUGCUGAGUAUUACAAUAUGCCUCCGCUAUGCAUAUGUCUGAAGGCCUCUUGAGCCCACACCCUGAGGACUUGGAUUUGGUGUAUGGAGAAGCAGCAGACAGUGUGUGCCUGUCCUCAAACGCAGCAGUGCGCAGAGAGGCAGGCGCCAGGCAGAAACUCCACACUGUUCUUCCAGCACAGCUAACCUUUGGUUUGCAGUAUUUCUGGUGAGAAAGGCCAGUUACGAAUGACCAUGUUUUCCUGAAAUAGGAAGAGAGCUGUGUUUCAGAUGGUGCAGUGGAAGACUGAAGAAACAACGUAAAAUUUCUAAGGUUAAAUACAGGUGCUAAGUACUACAGUGUUGCUUCACGCGUUGCAGUACAGCCAAGAGGAAGUGCAAGUAUUUGCUCUCCCUUAGGUAAAAAUGUUGUUGAAAAUGAAAGUACAAAAGACCAGUUCAAGUGAUUGAAGUUUGUCUUUGUGCUUUGUUAGUGAAAUGGAAAUGUAACAAAUGUGUUGGUAAAUUACCAGUUAUUUGUUGUGGUCUGUUAGUGCCCUUUCUGAAUAAUAGCUUGUUUUAAGAAACUGAUCUUACCUACAGGAGGAUACGAUUUUAAUAACCUGUUCACGACUUUUAUUGUCAGAAGUUUCUUGGCUUUUGUGUGAGAAGUUUUAUUUGCUAAUAGAGGCAUGACCUGGAAGUCAGAGGAACUUCUGGAUAUAGAGAGACAAGGUGUUGACAAGGCAUUGAGAACUUGAGGCAUGAAACAUGCUGCAGACUUUGCAAGGCCGUGGUCUGAGCCCCCUGCUGCACUAGAUAAGAUGAAAUCAGCCCCUGCCAAAUAGACUCGGAGUGUGGUUCCAAUGUCCAGUCCUCCUUGUGGAGCUCCAGGGCUCUGCAUUUACAAUAGGGAGUUAGGAGCUUGUGGUUUUAGCUUUGGUUGUCUUUGUUGGAUUGUUAGUUAUUGUCUUCCCAAUGAGCACUUUGGAGGUGUGAGCGUGAUCCGUGCAGCAGGUGCAGGGAUUUGCAGCCUUCUGUGAACACAUAGCACUGAAACCUUUUGUAAGAUGUGUGAAGUCUUUUUGCAACUGCUUACACUGAGACUGUUCAAAGUAACCUGCUGAACAAUUCCUUUUCUGUGGUGGCCACUGCCUUAUCCCUCGAUAUUUUAAAGAAACCACAUGAAUAGGCUUAAAGACUUCGGAUCUUUGUUCUUUGCAAGCCUCCCACUUUUUUCCUCAGUAGAUAUUUCUGCCACCUCACUUACAGUGAGAUCACUUAACUCAAAUACCAAAACUGUUAUUUAACUGAGAGAAAGGGGAGAUGGAGUCGGGAUGUUGAAACAGAUCAGCUACUGCUGGAAGAAAAAGUUCAUUCUGCUCCUUUGCCCACCUCUUUUUCCUCUUGCCUCUCUUUCACAGGAGCUAUCUGUAGCUCAUUUCUAACCAAGUAUGAGAUUACUGAUGAUCAUGUGUUGGUCUGGAAUUCAGCUGCCAUAACAACUAGUUGUUGCUAUAAGGGGGCAGUGCCAUCUUCAGUCCCUGUCCUUAUGCUCCUGCUGCUUCAGAUUUAUCCUGCUUAGCAGUUUGAUGGCCAGAGAGGAAGUUAGUAUUUUCUGCUGGAUCAUCUGGUUUUCAGGGCAGAUUUUCUGAUAGAUCAGCCGUCAGAACCAUCGAUGUGUGGCAACAAAGACCAGUACACAAGGAGGCAGGAACCCACAGUUGGGAGUGGGAGCAGGGUAGGAGACUCCUGGCAGGAAAGCUGGGAAUGAUUAUAGGGUUUGCUGAUUGAUUGCACAGUCUGAUGGAGAGCGCAGGGAAGGAGGUGGAGCACACCAAACAAGAUUAGCAAGUCCAUUCACUUUUGGAGAAGGGAGAUAGCAAGGACACAAUGUGCCUCGCACCCCAGUAAGCCAACCAUUGCCAAGAGAGGUGGUGUAAACCCAUCCCUGGAAACGCUCAAGGUCAGACUGGACAGGGCUCUGAGCAACCUGAUGUAGCUGUAGGUGUCUCUGUUCAUUGCAGAGGAGUUGGACUAGCUGACCUUUAAAGAUUUUUUCAACUGAGACAAUUCUAUGAUUAUAGGACACUGUGAAAACCAAAAAGCAUGGCAAAAAUAUGCAUUAGAAUAAUGAACCAGACCCUUGAUCUGGUCAGCUUUGGCACAAGGGGACUGAGUUCAUUGUUGUCGUUCAGCUGGCUGAGGACCAUCAACUUUGAUUUCUGUAAUAAGGUAAAGGAUAAAGAUGAGAGGAGAGAGGCUCAUACCUCAGCCUGCUAGGUGGCAGUUUCUAAAAUUUUCAGAUUAAGCCAGCCCUUUGGUUUUGCCAGGUGUGCUUUCUUCAGAAGAGAUUUUGCUUUAUCUCACUUCCCAUUCUUUUCCAGGAGAGCAGUUCCUGUAUCCUACCAACUUCCAGGCUCAGGAAAAUGUGCCUGGUGCUGACUUUACAAGCUUGGCUGGUGACACGGCUGGGGUUACGUUGCAGAUCCUGGUCAUAGUCCUGGCACAUCAUUUGUCAUCCUGUUGGGAUGGCCCUGCUGUUAGCAUACAGGGAGGCUCAGCUUGCCUACUUGAUUUGCAGUCACACCUUAUGCCCACAGAGCCUUUUGUCAUCUUACUCAACAGCUGGCUCAGACUUGCUGCAAAAUAAUUGCAGCUAGUUCCUGUUGCAGUACCUGUAAUAAAGGAUCAGUUGCUUCUGUUGAGGUGCUUCAGCUGGAAUUCUCCUACAUUUUAAAUCGAACUGAAUCAAUGCUGCCGUAAUCUCACUAUUUCCCUGCGUGCCAGGGGAUGUGAUUCACAUAUGUGCAUGAGCCUGACUGCUGGGUGAGCUGCUGUAAGGAGCUCAGAUCAGCAAUUAACAAAAACAGAGAGAAGUACUUGCCACGUAGUGGCUGAAGUUACAAGAGCAAGAUCUAAAGGGAAGCCUUCCAAGUUUGCAGCCUACAAUUGCAUGGCUUGUGGAAGAUCUUUAAUAUACAUUCUGAACAGCAGCUAAGGUUUUCACAAGCACGUAACUGUCGCCUAAAAUUUGAUACCAGCUGUAGAUGGCUCAGCUGCCUCCCGGGAUUCGCUUCAUCACUUCAUUUUCACGAGAUCAGUGGUAUAGAGCCUUCAUUUUUACUCUCACCUUCUUCUUAUAUGCCAGCUUCCAUUUAUCAAGGAAACCUAUCAGUAUAGUCAAGGGAGAACUACAUAAGCAUUGUGCUGCUUCACAUGAAGUUGAACUUAGCUCCUACAGAGAAUAUGCUGCCCAGACUCAGUCUGUCAAAAAGCCAUCUAAUGCAUCUCAGUGUGGAUGGGAGCCAUUUGAUAAGAAUAACUACAAGCAGUUACUGGGAGCACUGGAUUACUCAUUUCUGUGUGCAUAUGCAAUUGGAAUGUAUUUAAGUGGAAUAAUAGGAGAACGGCUGCCCAUCCGGUACUAUCUGACAGUUGGAAUGCUUGCUAGCGGGCUCUUCACUGCAAUGUUUGGAUUGGGUUAUUUCUGUAAUAUACAUAAUCUGUGGUUUUACAUAAUGGCCCAGAUAGCUAAUGGGUUGGUGCAGACUACUGGCUGGCCAAGUGUCGUUACAUGUAUUGGCAACUGGUUUGGAAAAGGAAGGAGAGGUUUGAUCAUGGGAAUCUGGAAUUCACACACAUCAGUGGGAAACAUCUUGGGAUCCUUAAUUGCUGCUUACUGGGUAUCUACAUGCUGGGGUCUCUCCUUUGUGAUGCCUGGUGUUAUCAUUGCUGUGAUGGGGAUUGUUUGUUUCCUCUUUCUUAUUGAACAUCCUAAAGAUAUAAGUUGCUCCUGCACGCCAUCCAGUCGUGAUCAAGAGCCCAGUAUUUCUACAGAGUUUGUAGUGAGUUCUAAAGCAUUCCUGAAUGGUGCAUCUCGGUUCAGAGUCCAGAUGCCAACCUUAAAUGCCAAGGAAACUAGCAAGUCUCAGGAUUCAGAAAUGCAGCAUUUGCUUAUUGACAGUGAAAAUUCUAUGACAUCACAGAAUUCCAACACUAUGGGCACUGGGGAAGGCAGACAUGGGACAUCAGCUAUCAGCUUCCUUGGUGCUUUGCGAAUACCUGGAGUCAUAGAGUUUUCCCUAUGCCUUUUGUUUGCAAAGCUUGUGAGCUAUACUUUUCUCUUCUGGCUUCCCCUCUAUAUCACAAAUGUAGAGCACCUUGAUGCCAAAAGAGCUGGGGAUCUUUCUACACUGUUUGAUGUGGGUGGAAUCUUUGGUGGAAUUUUGGCAGGCCUGAUUUCAGACAGGCUAGAGAAGAGAGCAUCGACCUGUGGAAUGAUGUUAUUGCUUGCAGCACCCACAUUGUACAUGUUCAGUACAGUCAGUAAAAUGGGCCUUGAGGCUACUGUAGUGAUGCUGCUUAUCAGUGGUGCCCUGGUGAAUGGCCCUUAUGCAUUGAUUACUACUGCUGUCUCUGCUGACUUGGGUACCCAUAAAAGCCUGAAAGGGAAUGCAAGAGCCUUGUCCACAGUAACAGCAAUCAUCGAUGGAACAGGAUCUGUAGGUGCAGCUUUGGGGCCUCUCUUGGCUGGUCUCAUUUCACCAUCUGGUUGGAACAAUGUGUUUUACAUGCUCAUGGUAGCAGAUGGGUGUGCCUUGCUGUUCUUACUCCAUCUUAUUCAGAAGGAACUAAGGUGUAAUGCAGAUCAUACCCUGUUUAAGGAACACUGAGUUGAGAGACCGGAUUUGGAACAAGGACUGCGUUAGUGACCAGAGCCUCUUCCCUGAAAGAAACCUUAAUGGAAUGUGUUACUCUAUUCGUAAGAGGUUCUGUUCGGUGAAGAAUUUUGCACGUUUACUGGAAGUAAUUUGAGAAAUGCAACUGGUAAAUCCCUGAAGCUCUUAUUUUUGCACAUGAAUAAGUACCUCAGGAUGGCAACUAUUCAUCAGAUGAAGAGACAGGAACUUUGGGAAGCUUUGAGCAGAUUGCCUCAACUGAGCCAAAGAGAAAUACCAAGUGCCUUUUUUAUUUCUUUUGAUAGGAUGUUUUUAAUGAAAAUGCUAUACUGUGUAUCUUCUAAAAACAAGUCAAAAGUGGAGCAGAAGGAGGUUGAAAUCAUAACAGACAGCCUGGCAGUGAAAUGUCCCCUUGCUGGUGAGCAAAGUAUCCCGUACGUCAUCUUGUGCAUCACUGUGACUGAGGGCAUCACUUUGUAGAGAAUAAUACCAUCUGGUUUUUAAUAUGCACUGCUGUUAGUAUUUUGAAGCUGCUCAGACAAUGAUAACCUCAGCAUAUUAUUAGUUUUUAACUACAGCACAAAUUCUAAUCCCAAGGACAACACCCAACCUUGUGGUAAGUGAUGAAAUAGAAUUUAUAGUUGCAGUGUACCGUGGUUAGAAGUUUUCACAAACUAUUUAGGUGGGUGCUAUUCUGCAGUUAGGAUUGUGUAAAAAUUAGUCCUAAGCAUCAAAAAGUAGAUUAUGAGUCAGAAUUUCCAGUGCGGGACUCAAAUCAUUUUCAGGGCAUUCUAGUAAAAUGAUUGUGGAAAUGUCACAUCAUUAUUGUGCUGCUCCUCUAGGCUGGGUUGAAAUGAGAGAUUGUUCCUUUUGAGGGGGCAGAGAAAAGAAUGCUGCCAUACCUUUGAAUUACUGGAUUGAAAAAAUGAGCUGCUGUAGUGCUCAGUGCCACAGUGAUCUCUGUUGGGUACUUGCUUAUUUCAGCAGUGUCAUUUAUAUUUGGAAGUCUUUGACAUAUCAAAGCCUUAAUAACCAGAAAUCUCUUUCACAUGGCUAAUUUAAAGUGGCUUUGAAUUUCAGAUUCAGAGCCAGAAUACUUGUCUAUAAGAAAAAGUGGUAGGUUGUAAAAGAACAUUUCGGUAACAAGUGUUACCCAGCAAACAGACAAUUCAAUGUCUUCUAAACAUAUCAUUUCUUCAUACAGGUAUCUCCCUAGCAAAAUAGAUGUUUCUGUGAUCUUUUUUUUAAAGAUGUACAAAGUAUAAAGGAAUUUUUUUUGUAUGAAGUGUUUCUACUUUGAUUGUGAAGAUUAGGUAAUUUAAGCUGUGUAUUGUUCAUAACUGUAUUUAUUAAAGCUGUAGGGACAUGUCCUGUUCUGAACUGUGCUCUAAGUUUUGUGAAACAAUGCAGUGAUCUUUAUACUUGAUUAACAAAACAGCACUCUAAAAUAACCCUGCAAAAUGUAAAGAAAUGUCUCAUCAGCUGCUGAUAUUCUGUUCCAUGUGUUGGCACAAUACUUGAUUUCCAGGGCAGUUUUGUAAUUUUUUAAUCUCCGAUGAGUUACUUCCCUGGUUUAGUUCAGCGUGUGUUUUCUGCUUAACUUGAAUGUUGUGCUCAUAUUAAACUGUUUUGCUGAACAGAGGCACAGAGAAGAUUUUGGCCCCACAGAGGCUCAUAGCAGGUGCCAGAAUCCUUGCAGGUGAAUGCUGUACAGUCUCAGAAGCUGUAGUUCCCUAGCUGAAUGGUUAGCUGCACGCCUUUUGUGUAAAGCUGUUGAGGCCAGCGGGGAUGCUCAGCCUGCCCUCGCAAACACAUGCUGCAGUUGGGCCUUAGGCUGUAGUUAAAUGUAGCAGAAUUCUGCUGCAGAUCUGAGGAAUCAUUUGUGAGGAAAAAUAACAUUGCAAUUCCAAAAGAGCUGCGCUGGCAUGAUUUUCAAGACCUGUGUGAGAAGGGAGGGAUGGAGGACUUCCUUAGCUGAAGAUGCCCAUCCUUUCCCCCCAGAAGGGCUGCAGAGCUGUGUUGCUAGUUUGUCAAAAUGAUUUAUACUCUUAAACUCUGCUGCACUCAGAUUUUGAGGGGUUGUUCCCCAUGGGCUGAAGUCUGAAGUUAAAAUGCUUUCAGUUGUAUUGAACAGUUAUACGUUGUAAAGAUGUGGAAGCGUGGAUUCUGUGUUUUACUUGAUGGGGCUGCUGUUAUUUAUUUAUUUAUUUGAAUAGCUUUUGUACCGAAGUGACUUGGACGUGGGAUUAUGACAAUAUAGGAGGUGCUGGCUGAGUCCUUCCUUCCAUUGAUCACAGGAGGUAAUUGGGACUCUCGCUGCCGUGGUGGCUCUUUCCUUGCUUAACGAGCAGUGUUUCAGUUCCCCCCCAAGCAGUGAAUGUGUUGGAUGAUAAGAUGAAGAUGACUGCUCUUUUGUAACCACCCCAGGGGUCCCUAAAAAGUGAGCAAACUGUUUUGUUAUUAUUGGGUGUUAAUAUUCAUUACUCUGGAAAUGAACAAAACUGACAAAAUGUUGUAUAUAGAAACAUGAGUGACUGAUAGGUAGAACUGAAUUUGAAUAAGACUACAGGGUUUGGGUUUUGUGUUUUUUUUUUUAAUGCUGGUUAUUCUCGAUUUUUUAUCUAUAUAACUUCUGUGUUGAAUAAAAAC